AUAUCUAAUGCGAAUGAAAUGAAAAUAUGGCUACCAAAACUUGACGUUGUGGCAGAAGAAACUAUUAGUUUGAAAAUAUCACAAUGUAUUUUCCUUUAGGAUGGCCAAAAUAUUUGAAAAGCCUAGUAAAAGGUUCGAAGCCAUUACAGUAUGUGAUAAGUAGCUGUGAUCGAAUGUUAUUUGCCGUCAUAACAGAGGAUACCCUCUGUAUUUGGUACAGCAAGCCCUCAGUUCUCAUUUUGAGCUACACACAUCCUUACAAUGAGAUUUGUUCUGGUGGAAGUUUUAAAUUGGUGGAAUGGAAACCUGACUCCUCCAUGAUAGCUAUAAUGACAUCAAAACAAAACAUUUUGUUUUUCAAAGUUGAACUGGAUGUUUCUGUGCCAAACCACCAUUGUUUGUAUGUUCAACAUGAGGGGAAGAAUCAGACCCCAAAACGUGACAUCAAUGGAAUUCCAGACAGUGACAGCAUUCCAGCCAUCAAGGUCACACUUUUAGCCAAAAUGCAGCUUCCUGCCAACAUCAUUUGCUGCUUAUGUGUGAGAGAAGAAAUCAUGGUGUCUACCGAAGAUGGUUGUUUACACCGCAUCAAAUGGAAUGCUUCUGUGAACAAAAAAGCCUCAUUUCAUAUACGAGGAUUUCCCUCCUCUUUAGACUUCCAACAAACCAAAGCUUCUAAACUGACAGAAGAAGAUGGCUGUGUCCAACAGAUGGAGUACAGUCCUAUCAUUGGUGGAUACACUCUGGUGCUGUCUAGUGGAAAAGCACUGUUUGUCAUUCCAUCCUCCACAAAGGUGGAUAACAGUGUGCCACAAGGAGUCUGGGUUACAGGGCUAAUGGAUGCCACCUGUGUUGCUGUCAAUCACCGGUACCGCCUGAUGGCCUUUGGAUGCAAGAGUGGAAUUGGUGCUGUGUAUGUGAUCAAUGAAGUGGAGGGUACAAUUGAAUUGUCUUACAAAUUACAAAUCUCCAGCAAAGACUUUCCAGAUGCUGCCCAGAAAGCAGGUGCUGUAAAGUGUAUGAAGUGGACACCAGAUGGCACUGCUGUAGCCGUCUGCUGGAAAAAUGGUGGCUUCUCCUUAUGGAGUGUGUUUGGUGCUCUGCUGUUGUGUUCGCUCGGGGGAGAUCUAUAUCCUAGUGAUAGUCCAAAGCUUUUCCCACCACCUGUCAAAUCCAUGGAAUGGGGUUUGGAGGGAUACCAGCUGUGGAUGGUUUGUGAGGAGGAGAACAGGGUUAAUGGCUUUGUGGAGGUGGAGGAGGAGGAGAGCCACACAGUCACCAAUGUCAUGCAGUUACAGUUUGUCAAAAGUGCUCUUACUGUCAAUCCAUGUAUGACAAAUCAUGAGCAUGUAUUUUUACAAGGAGAGGACAGGCUGUAUAUGAGUAUCAGUGAUGGUUGCUCCUCCUCUAAGGGUGGAGCUAGUCAAGAAAACAACCAAUCAUCACUGAUGUCCAUAGGGAACAAAAUCUGGCAAAUUGUACCCAUCUCUCACAUCUAUCUAGGUGCUAACUGGCCAAUCAGAUAUGCAGCAGUUGACAAAUCGGGUCAGUGUGUGGCUGUAGCAGGUAAAACAGGACUGGCUCAUUACACAUUCGCCACACGGAAAUGGAAGCUUUUUGGCAACGAAACACAGGAGAAAGAUCUGGUCGUAUCAGGAGGAAUGACAUGGUGGAAGGACUUCAUUUGUGUGGCUUGUUACAACAUCAUUGGACAAAGGGAUGAGAUUCGUUGUUAUCCCAAGAACACCAAACUGGACAACACGUUUGCUGUGACCACUAAGGUUCCGUCUCAGAUCCUGCUGCUCAAUACGUUCCGUGACAUUCUCAUCAUCUUCUGUAUUGAUUCACAUGUCAUGUUAUUCAACAUGGAGAGGAAGAAUUCUCAGAAAAAUCCUCUAAUGGAGCUGAUCAAAGUCCAGGAGGUGUCCCUCAAUAGUUAUAUACCCCACCCUGUAUGUGUUACCGGCUUGGCUCUCACCUCCCUCCGAACAGAAAACUUUGGUAAUAGAUCAACUCAGCCCAGCAGAGACUCGGAGUGUUUGUUGCUGAAUGUUGCAGGAAAGUUGUUAAUGUUUCAGAGAGAUGAAACGGGGCCGCAGAUCCAGGGAAAGCAAAACAAGCCCAAAGCUCAACCAUUUGGAACGCCAGCUGUGGUGGCCACUAAUGUAGAGAACAUGUGGUCAACAUCACGAACAAAUCAGAGUAAAACCCAGCUCAUGGAGGCGCUGUGGUUAGGGUGUGGAGCUCAGGGAAUGAAGGUGUGGUUACCUUUAUAUCCAAGACAUGAGGGUAAAACUCACAACUUCAUGUCAAAACGCAUCAUGCUGCCAUUCAGGGUAGAUAUAUAUCCUCUUGCUGUUUUGUUUGAGGAUGCUGUGAUAUUAGGAGCAGCCAGUGAUGGUGUGAUUUACAAACCGUACAGUGAGGAUGGAAAGAGAUCUGUCCAGAACCUUCCUUUCUGUAUCCUGGAGAGAACUAGUCAAAUAUAUCUCCACCACAUACUAAGACAACUUCUAAGGCGAAAUUUGGGAGUGAAUGCACUGGAUUUGGCCAGAUGUUGUACAGAGUUGUCCUACUUCCCACAUGUUCUAGAAUUGUUACUUCAUGAAGUUCUAGAGGCAGAGGCAACUUCCAAAGAACCCAUUCCUGACCCCUUGUUACCCCGAGUUGUGGCUUUCAUACAAGAGUUUCCAGAAUUCUUACAAACUAUUGUACAUUGUGCGAGAAAGACUGAGGUAGCAUUAUGGCCCCACCUAUUUUCUGUUGUUGGAAAUCCCAAAGAUUUGUUUGAGCAAUGUAUUGUAAACGAAGAACUGGAAACGGCAGCCUCAUAUCUUAUCAUCCUACAGAAUCUGGAGCGCCCUAUCAUCAGUCGACAGCAUGCCACACUGUUACUUGACCAGUCUCUGGAGAGAGGGAAGUGGGACCUAGCUAGAGAUCUUGUCAGAUUCCUAAAGGCUAUAGAUCCCUCAGAAGCAAGCACACCCCCCAUCCUGGCCUCGACUAAGACCUCGUCCUCCAAAUCCUACCACUCUGGUGUCCCUAGUCCUCCUAUCUUACCCAAUGAGGCCGACGGAUUCAGCUUUAGUAAUGUCAGUAACGUCAUCAAUGUCAGCAGAAUGCGUAGCUCCAGUAUGACAGGGGCAGACUACUCUGAAAAUGUGCCAAAGGGGAGCAAACCCAAACUGAAACAUACAUUCUCUGAUAACAUAUUUAGUGUCAAAAAACCCUUACCUAAACCAAAGGAGGAGGGAGCUCCUGAUCAAAUGUACAUAGACAUGAUUCUCUGCCGACAUUGUCGAAAACUUUUAGAGACAAAUUGUCUGCGGGACAUGGGGUAUUUCAGUGCCAACACAGAUGAUUUUCAUCUCGUUUCCUUUUUAAAGAGAGAGAGAUUAAAAGGUGCCAAAGUAGAGGAUUUUGUAAGAGCGGUAAAGGAUAUUCACCACCAGUUUGAGUGGCCCUUACCCAUCUUGUCAUAUCAUGUGUUCCAGCAGCUCAAAAGCAAAACAUUCUCCACCUCCAGCUUGGCCUCGCUGUCUUUGUUGGAUGGCGAGAAUCUUCCAACAGUGAAUGUCGGGGCCCACAACAAUGAUACAGACUACCAUAGAUACUUAGGGACCCUGCAGCCCCCCUCCCCACUCAACCUCUCCCAGGCGAUGUCUGAUGAUGUGGUGUUAAAACCACAGGCCAUCAAAACUGAGGAGAGCAGCUUGGCCACCACUCUGGACAUAUCAGACACCAGUUCAUUGUUUGGGGACCUGGAUUACAUGACGGAGUCAUCAUUACAGGACACGCUGUCCCCAGAGCUGGAGAUUCUCUCACAGGAGAUGGCCAAUAAAGGGCCACGGCAGUCAGAAAUGGAACUAAGGUAUUUGCUUCAAAUCCUUCUGGAGGCAGGGUGUCUGGAGUGGGCAAUGAUUAUCUCCCUUGUUCUGCGGGAUGUGGAAGCCGUGGUUAGAACGGUCAACACGGCUAGCAUGACGGACACUCCCUUGGAGAUGGUGGCCAGAAUGAGAGAGGGAAUCUCUUAUCUGGAACUCUGGGCAGAUACUGAAUGCCUGGGAUAUAAACCAUUCCUUCACUUCAUACGGAAGCAGAUUCAAGUGCUUGGAAAGCUUGCUGAACAAACUCCACCAACUCUACAGCUGAGUUCCUCAGUGAUGGAGGACCACCACAGUGACGAUGAACAGUUAUCACCAGAGGUCCAGACAAUUCACACCAAGGAAUCAGAUAGCUCUCCAGACAACAGUCCACUGCCAGGCCACAAUACAGCCAAAUCUAGUGAAUGUGUGAUUUCAUAAAACUUACGGCGAUUAUUACAGAGGCCAGUAAACAGCUGGAGGACAGGAACCAGCUAAAACCUUUAAUGUUAAACACUAGUCACUAGUUACUUCCAGUCAGUUACUGCCAUUCUUGCUGGAUGGAAAAUACUGUCAUUCCUAUCUUUUAAAGAUAAUCAAAAAACAAUAUGAUCAAAAAACAUAACAUUCAUAGAUCAAUGAUGUAGAUAAACAAAGCAUAUCCAGCUAGCAGAAUGUAAAUCAGGGGGACACACUGUCCAAUUAGCUGUAAGAAAACAUGAGUGGCAGACACACUGUCCAAUCAGCUAUAAGAAAACAUCCAGUGGUAGAAACACAGUCCAAUCAGCUGUAAGGAAAUGCUGUCCUAUCAGUUGUAGAAAACACUCAGUGGUGGCAGAGGACAACAGGGUUCUCUGCAGUCUAUUUAUUAUUGAAAUUUUUUUUUAUGCAGCAGAGCUGUGUCAAAGACUAUCAUGUUUUAUGUAUUGCAUGCCAGAUUUUUAACUUUAGCACUUCACAUAUUUAAUACAUGUAUUCAUACAUGGUUUAAUUUCUUAAAAUGCUUUACUCAUAUGAAAGCUUGAUUCCAGAUAACAUGCAAUUCAUAAGUCAGUGAGCAUCUUGAAAGUCUUGAUAAAUGUAAAGCAUUCACAUUUAUUCCACAGAAUUCUAGAUGUUGAAUGAAUAAUCAUGCCAAGUUUCAGCAUUUAUGUCGGGGAGAGUUAAAUCUUUACCCAGGUAGAAACAGCUAUUACAAAUAAAAGAGUGCUGCUGAAGUGCUUGAUCAUGUGAAAAGUAGUAGGUGUGCCAUAUGUUUUCAAUAAGUCAGGCUUUAUUUUGUAUCAGGAGUAAGAGUAUGGAAGUGGCACUGUAACCCACGGGCUUUCAGUAGAAGGAACAUUAUAUUUUGUUUACAUGCUUCUAGCAAUCACCGUCAUAAGUUUGCCAAAAGUUAGAUUUCAGUAUUACAAUGUCUCAUUGUUCAAACAUUCCUGUGACAUGUUGUAGAAAAUGACAUUUCUGUAGCAGACUCUUCACAGUGACCUUUGUUUAUAGCAGACUCUUCACAGUGACCUUCGUUUAUAGCAGACUCUUCACAGUGACCUUUGUUUAUAGCAGACUCUUCACAGUGACCUUCGUUUAUAGCAGACUCUUCACAGUGACCUUCGUUUAUAGCACUCUUCACAGUGACCUUCGUUUAUAGCAGACUCUUCACAGUGACCUUCGUUUAUAACACUCUUCACAGUGACCUUUGUUUAUAGCAGACUCUUCACAGUGACCUUCGUUUAUAACAGACUCUUCACAGUGACCUUCGUUUAUAGCACUCUUCACAGUGACCUUCGUUUAUAGCAGACUCUUCACAGUGACCUUCGUUUAUAACAGACUCUUCACAGUGACCUUUGUUUAUAGCAGACUCUUCACAGUGACCUUCGUUUAUAACAGACUCUUCACAGUGACCUUCGUUUAUGUCAUUUGUAGAAGUUUUCGUUCCUGAUACUAGUCAACUUAAAAUCUAAUCGCCAGACUUGAAAAUUGAAUAUUAUGUGGUGAGAAUUUGUUAAUUCAAAAUGAAGAACCAGUAAGUAGGGAUAAAUGCAUGUACUAAAAUAUGUAGAUUAUUUUAUAAUUGAUUCAGAUGUAUGUAUUUUAAAAAUCAUAUGAGACUGUAAUUUCCUUAUAUUACAUAAGUACUUAAUUUGGUAUUGCUGUCCAGUCAUUACCCAAUGAGAACAUGAAAUCUUGAGUGUGAAGCUCUAGAGGACUUAAAUCUACAUAGAAUUAGUGAUCAAGAUAGAAUAGUGACAGUUUUGAUUUCACAAGAACAGCUUCUCACGAAUUAUGCAAAUAGUAAUGUCAUUGGCAGGGAAAUGAGAGAAACAAAUUUAGAACGAAGGCAUUUUUCUUCUAUGAUAGCUAUUUGAUUUCCUGUUGACUAAUUUAGGCUUUUAGUGUACAAAUAAAUAGGGAAUGAUUAAAUUCUUCCUUGCUCAGUUGAUUUGUGAACAAUUACUAAUUUCAGUAUGUAAAUCCUAUAACAUGAUUUGUCAUUAGUAUCAACAGAUAUUUGUCAAAGGAGAGUAACUCUAUAGACUGAUAAGCUGUAGGUAUUUUUUAUACGAGAAGGGGUGCUUUAUUGGGAAAAUUCUCCAUUUUCGUGUAUUGCAGAAUUGGCAUCUGUACAAGAAUUUUAGUGUAAAUUUCAUUUGACUUGCCAAUGACCUUGACUACUCUUGUAUAGUCAGGAAUCAACAGCAUAUAAUGAUUUUUAUUGAGGCUUAUGAGCACAGUUUUGAUACCUUUAUUAUGUUUACAAUCAUCAGUUCAGUCAACCUCCAUUUAUCAUUAAUUCAAUUGCAAUACAGAACAUCCUGAUUUUGCUGCUCAUGUAUUUGUGCAGCUGUAAUCUUCUUCAGCAUGAUCUUGUUCAGAAGUACAUGUACUUUGUAUUAUCAGAACUUAUGAAGACGUUAUCGUAAGUUGUAGUUUUGAAUAUAAACUGAAAACAUUACGAGUUUGAUAUGGUUGUCUACUCUCAAUACGAUACUAGAGAUUUUUUCUUCAUCAAUUGUUGAAUUAUGAUUGCUAUGUAGACAUGCAGUAGGUUGUAAACAAUGCAUUCUAUCUACCAUUGAUAUUAUUCUUGUCAAAUUUUAGAUCUGUAACUGACUUGCAUGUGUUUAUGUGUGUGUGUAUGUGUGUGUGUGCCCUAAAUAUUGCUCCUGAACAAAUGUUUUUAGUUCUUCUACUCGUAGUGUUUCAUGCAUAUUGAACAUAAUGUAAUUUCAAGUUGUCUUUUGUGUAUGUACUGACAACUACAUUGUAUAAUUCUUAAGUUAACAGUUAAAGAAAAUACUACUGGAAUGUUUGAUGGCACCCAAAUGAACUAACUUUUAUUCACAUACGAAAACAAGUAGUCACCGACCAGACAUUUUGUUAACUCACUUGCAAGAAUAAGAUGUCACAUAUGUGUUUUUCAUCGAAGGUUUACAAAAUAAACUUAGUCACUACAGUAGAGAUUUUGUGAAUCAAAGUUGGUUCAUUGUAAAAAUUAUUCUGUUCCCUGUCUCUAGAUGUCCAGAUGAUCUUCAUGUUGUUACAGAAACAUAAUGCAGUGCAAGGAAAGAGAAGCAUGGUUUAGUUCAGAUGGUUGUUAACGUGCUAAACUCUAAUAAUUAAUGUAGCCACAGAAUCAUUUGCUAUGGUGCUUUUUGUGACAGCAUAUGAUUUCUGUGACAAAUCUGUUUUAUAUAUAUUGAUUUAAGAGAUUAUUCUGUGUUAAGUAUUUCAGUUAGGGCAUUAUUCGUCAUUCAGUUCAUGUAUAUUAUGUAGGGUAACUUACGCUUGCAAUCAAUGAAUGAAAAUUUAGGAAAUGAAAAUUUAUACAAGAAUCUGAUUUCCUUUUCCAUGACAAUGAGAAAUUUAAUUUUGCUCAACUUUUCUUCUUAUCAUAGAAAGUGUUUUACUAUGUAUGAACCAUAAAAAUACAGGUUUUAAAUUUUUAAGCAGGCAAGUUUAAGAAGAAGAGGGAAAAAAACCAAAGUAGUCCGAGUCUGGCUUAGUACUAUGAGAAAGACUCAUGACAAUCCCUUGACUGUAUCUGUACAUAUAUCAGUGGUAUAUGGUAUUUUUGGCUUAGUUGUAAAAGUUCUAAAUAUGAUCAACACUAAAAUAUAAAGUACUUUAAUAUUAAUAUAGCACAACAAUGAUAGUACAUAUUCAUAAUCAUAAAUAUAGCAAAACUCUGAUGGCGCUAAUUCUUGAUAGUGCCAUAUAGUCCAUUUACUUACUAUUGUGCUAAAAUUUUAAAUACCAGUACAUUAAAUUAAGUACACAUUCGAGAUAUUGUACUCAAAAAUCAAAGUUAUUGAAUAUACCAUAUGUUAAACUUUUGGCCCCCAACAAUUCAGGUUCGUCUCCUUUGUUUCAGUAUAUUUUGUGGAGGAUGCCAAAAAAAUUUAAUUCUUGUCAUAUAUUCUUCGUGUAUAGCUGCUUAACAUUUAGGGUUUUAUUUAUAGGUUUUAAGAUGUUUGUGCAUUCUUUAUUUCAGAAAUUGAUAAAUCGUGUUCUAAAAUGAUAAAAUUAUUUCCUCUUAGUGGUUUUAUUUAUUUUUUGAUAAAAUAUUUGAUUAAACAAUUUUGAAGGGGGGGGGGGGGGGGGGGGAUGAUAAGGACUCCGAGUCAAUGUGCUUUGGCUCAAACCCAAGCAAGUCAAGACAGUCACUGUUUCAUUAUGUGUUGUAAUUAUGCCUUGACAAUUGUGAUAAUACAUGUGCAUUGUGCAUCAAUUUUUUUUAUAGGCCCAUUGGAAUCAAUCUUUACAUACUAUCAUUGUAUAAUAUGACCAUCAGUAAACAAUAAAAUAUA